AUGACAAUCGCAUACCUUUUUUUCUUUUUGGGCAUUUACGCCAAUGCAUAUUGCAGUGCCCCGCUUCUUAGCAUCACUACUCAAGAUAUCAAGUUGACCAAUGAUGUAAGUGGUUUUGAAUCUUUGCCUCAUCAAUUUCGAGUGCUUAAAGCAAGUGAGAAAAAUAAAGUACGGGAAGAAGAUUAUGAAUUUCACAUCGACUAUACACCACCUAGGACGCAUCCUAUUCCUUAUCCUCCUCCUCCUCAUGAUAAGAAUGAUGAAGUAAGUGAAGAAAACUCUGAAUUUAACAUUGACUAUACACCACCUAGGACGCAUCCUACUCCGUCUCCUCCUCCUCAAGAUAAGAAAAAUGAAAUAAAUAAUGAAAGUUCUGAAUUUGACAUCGACUAUACACCACCAAGGACACAUCCUACUCCAUCACCUCCUCCUCAUGAUGAGAAUAAAGAUGUAAGUGAAGAUAGAUCUGAAUUUGAUAUCGACUAUACACCACCUAGGACGCAUCCUACUCCAUCUCUUCCUCCUCAUGGUGAGAAUGAUGAAGUAAGUGAAGAAAGCUAUGAACUUAGCAUCGAUUAUACACCACCUAGGACACAUCCAACUCCGUCUCCUCCUCCUCAUGGUGAGAAUGAUGAAGUAAGUGAAGAAAGCUAUGCAUUUAACAUUGAUCAUACACCACCAAGGACACAUCCUAUUUCAUCUCCUCCUCCAAACAAUCAAGCAACAAAGGCUAGGGUUUACUAUAAAUCUUUGUUGAUAAUGUAUGUGCCAAACUAA